AUAAUUAAAACUGGAGAUAUUGAAGAGCUACUGCAAACUAUAAUCAUAGUACACAAAUUUGUCUAUAGAAGAAUUUUAUGUUGUAAUUCAUCAAGCUUAUUAGAAUAUGGAAGCAAAAGGUAA